AUGACAAACAAAGCAUCGAUGCCCUGCACUUUCAGAAAUCGAUGUCAAAAGGAAUUGAUGCAAGUGUUUACCUGUCUCGCUAUUUUAAAGGUAGCAUGUGAACAAAGCACGGCUGAACCAUCACCUACUGACGUCAUCAAACAGAUACAGCCAUACGCCAUUGUUGUUGGAGUGGGAUUGUUGUUUUUCCUUUUGAUCAUCAAUCUUGUAUCUGUCAUACAAAGAAGGAAGGACCAUGGAGUUAUUCGGAGUUAUCUUUUAUCGUUACACACACUGUUGCCGUUCCUUACAAGAUAUGAUGAUAUUGCUAACCUUGGCGAAAUAAAUACGGAAAGAAGGACUUCAAAGUCUAAACAGAACUCCUUUGGAAACCAUUUUGAGGAUUAUGACGAAAUUGGAAUUGUCGCUAGACGAUCUAAAUUAAAGGAGAUGGGAGAUCUAGAUCUCAAGCGUAUUCCUGAAGCCGAUGAAUCCAAGAAAUUGGACACGUCACAAGAGGAGAAGUCAGACGACAGAAGUACUGUGUACUCUCUACAGAAAGGGGUGUUUAGCAGUAACCUGUGACGAUCAGACUGAAUUAGACAACAAUAGACAGAGCAAAUUUGCCUUUAAUCUUAUAGUGCCAUACUCCUGUAAUAAGACAAUGUUUCUUAUACUACCAAAUGGUAGGAGAAAACUUUCUCUCUCUAUAAUUCAAAUCUUGUAUCCUUUAAAGGUUUUCAAACAACUUUUAAGUCAUAACUUAUAGAAGAACUUUCUAUUCCUGUGUGGGAUUAUCCUUAAAGAUUUCGAGAUACCGUGGCAGUAAAAUCAAAAGAAGCAAAUAUUACCAUGAUGUUAAAAUAGCCCAUGAUAGAGUAUGAGGUCAAACUUAUUUCAAAUCACUUUGAUAUAAUUAUUACAAAGUCAAACACACAAUUUGAACUUGUGAAGGAUUCUGCGUUUCAGAAAUAUACUGUGUGGUCAAUAAAACAAAUUACAGCAUAAUUUAAAGGCAGAUAUAAAUACAUUCUCUCAUUCUUUCAAAUGAAUAGCGGCUUCAUCUUAAUACCAA